CCCGCUCGGUCACUUGGUUUCCUCCCUCCACUUGCAUUUCUCUGGCUUUCGGUGCUCGGCUUCUGCGCUUUCACCGCCGCCAUCAUGUCUACCCCUUCGCCGGGCGCCGAGCGCCCGCGCACUCUCUACGACACAGCCUUCGAGGCUGUGUCCAUGGUGACCCGGACUCUCUCGAUGUUCUUGCCGAGCUUUGUCGUGGACACCUUCAUCCCCCCGGCCUCUGCCACGACGGCCGUCUCGUCCACGGAUGACCACUUCCACGAUGCGUCGGAGGGCAGUUCCAUUCCCCGGCGCCCUCGGCGCCAAACCCCCUCCCACUCAUUGACAUCGCUGCUGCGCACCCGCCUGAGCACGGCCCUCGGUCCGAUGCUGAAGGCCGCGCGUCGGUCCAAGGUCAUGUCGCGCAUCCUCCCCCCGCAAAUGCGCCGCAUGUACCUGGAGCCUUUCCCCGAAUUCGCCACCCUCCCUCGGCCGAGCCGCCACGAUUUCGAGCAGGCCGCCGACCCGGAUGAGGCCUUUUCCGAGGCCCUGGCCAAGUCGUAUCCCUUCAUGGCGCGUGAUGACCCGAACAGCAACCUCGUGCUGAUUGCCCGGCCCAAUCGCCUGGAGCAGUGGAUCCAGCGUGGCAUCACCUUCGAUGUGCCGAUUGUCAAGGCGGCCUCCUUCUACAAGCUGGUCGAGCGAGUCACCUACCCGAACUAUCCGGACCCGGAGCUGGUCGAGGCCUUCCUCCUGACCUACCGGUCGAUUGUCACCCCGGCCGAGCUGAUGGAGGCCCUCAUCUGGCGGUACCAUGUGCCGGAGGCCGAUCCGGCUUUCAACCCCAAGGACGGCUAUGCGGCCGAGGAUUCCAAUGAGGAGUUGAACCUCGAUGAGAUUGGCCUCGACAUUGACCUGUCCCAGCUGGAUGUCUUCCUGGCGUCGGAGCUGGCCGAGGAGGAUCUGCGCGUCAUCGGUGGCGAUGGCGUCCAGGCCUUUGACAGCACGGCGGACUUGGUGUUCAGCUCGCUCGGUGUCCCGGCGGCUGGUAGCCAGGCGCCUGCCCUGCCGCCGCGUGCCAUCGCCAUCCAGGUGCGCGUGCUGAACCUGAUGCGCGCCUGGGUGCGCGGGUACUGGAGUGACUUUGUGGCCGGCGAGGAUGCCGGCACGCGUUUGCAGGAGCGCCUGACGGUCUUCCUCCGGGAGAAGGUCAUCGCCCUGGAUGGCCGGUACACCCGACUGGCGGUGAAUCUUCUGAAGCGCAUCGAUCAGCAGCGCCAGGCCUACGAGCGUUGCACCGUGCCGUUGCUGCUGCAGCAGGAGAUGCCCUUCCACGAUCGCGAUGAAUGGGACGAUGAGACGCGCCAGCCGCCGGCCGGGGCCACCGAGGCCGAAUUGGAUCUGUGGGCCCUGAACCCGGUGAUGACCAUGAAUGAGCGUCUCUUCGGUGCUCCGCUGAAUGUGACCCCGGCCCAGGUGGCCGUGCAGCUGACCCUGCUGGAGGCCGAGCUCUUCCGGCGCAUCGCCCCGCAUGAGCUCCUUGGCCGGGUGUGGAAGCGCGCGGCCCCGACCGCUGGUGACUCUCUCCACCUGGAUGCCAUGAUUGCCCAUUUUAACCGCGUCUCCGAGUGGGCCUCUCUCUGUAUUCUGGCCCCGACCGACUCGGCCGGGCGCGCGGCCAUGAUUAAGUUCUUCAUCAAGGUGGCUCAGGCGUACCGGCGGCUCAACAACUUCAAUGGUGUCAUGUGCAUUCUCGGCGCCAUGGAGAGCGCUCCGGUGUAUCGCCUCAAGGCAUGGUCGCUCCUGUCGGCCAAGCGCACCAAGGCCGUGGCCGAGAUCCGCGAUCUCAUGACCUACACCAACUCCUUCCGCAACUAUCGGAAUGCUCUGCGCACGUGCAACCCCCCGUGCAUCCCCUACCUGGGCCUCUACCUGACGGACUUGACCUUCAUGUGCGAUGGCAAUCCCGAUACCGUGACCCGCAAGUCCCGCAGCGUGUCCUCUUCGCAACGGGGGUUCUCCACCGAGGCGCCGUCCACGCCGGUUCGCGCCGGUGGCCCCGGGUCUCCGGGACCCUCGGCCAUGCUGGCCAGCCCGGGUACCGGUGCCUUCGACGCGCCGGCCUCUCCCAGCCCGAUGGUUCCUCCUCGGACCCCCCCGCGUUCGGCCACUACCUCCACCGGCAUCGGUGCCGGUCGGCCGAUGCCUGCCUUGCCCUUCUCCCCUGCCGGGUCGGAUGGCAGCCCCAGCGGGCCGAUGACCCCGUCGCAGGUUCGCCAGGCGUCGGCCGCCGCCGCCGCCGCCGCCGCUGCCCGGCCCUCGGCCGCCGGCGAGCUGGCCUCCCCGACCCCCUCCCUCGUGGGUGCCAGCACGCCGGCUCGUGGUGCGGCUUCGGCUGCCGGUGAGGAAACCGCGCCGGAGACCCCGGCCGCCGAGGAGUUCAUCGAGCAUGAGCUGAUCAACUUCGAAAAGCGCCGUCUCGUGGCGCGGACCAUCAGCGAGAUUCGCCAGUACCAGAACUCCUGCCAGUAUGUGUCUUCCACGCCGGCGGCCCUGCAGGCGGCGGUUAACAAGCGCCAGUCUCUGGCCUCCUCCGGGGACCAGGUGCCGGAUGCCGACCAGCUGGACAUGCUUCCCUCGACUUUCCUGCAGCAGGCCCUCAUCCGGGUGCUGGAGCGCGCGCAUCGUCUUGACGAGGAUCGUGUCUUCCGGAUUUCGCUUUUGCGUGAGCCGCGGCAAAGCUCCCGCAAGUGA